AUGGCUUCCGCAGAUGUGAUCGUUCUAUCGGUGAAGAUUGCCAAACAGCGCAAGCUUCGCCCACCACAGCUGCGGAAGGAAGAAGGACAAGAUGGCGCUGGCAGCCAGGAGCCAGUGAAGCUUCACAAAGUGAAGCAAGAAGUAGCGAAGGACAUCCAGGCACCGCCACAGGAUGGAACUAAAGACCAGCUCCAGCCAAAUGGACAGGUGAAGGAUGAAGUGAAGGAAGAAACGGAGGAGCCAGAAGGCAGUACUCGGCAUGCAGCCGAAGCCAAACUGGAACCGAAGGACGUGAAAAAAGAAGUUAAAGAGGAGGCAUCCAAGGGCACGGAGGAGAAAGUUAAAAAGGAGAUCACCCAGAAGGACAUGAAGAAGGAGGUAAAAGAGGAGGUCCCGAAGGAUGUACACAUGGACGUGAAGACAGAGAUCAAGGAGGAGUCCUCCAAGAGCAUGUCACAAGAAGUCAAAGAGGAGAUCCUAAAGAAGGACAUGAAGCAGGAGGUGAAGGAGGAGGUUGCGAACGAUGAGAUGAAGCCAAAGGUUGGAGAUGAGGUCGUCAGCUGUCGUCGAAGACUGCGCGCGAAGGUCAAGGCUGAGAUCAAGCAUGAGGUGAAGCAAGAGGACCACGACUGGCAGCGCCGGGUGACUGGCGUGAAGCGCGAGCCGGUGGAUGAAGAGGAGCAAGUGUGUGUGAAGGAGGAACAGGCUGAGCAGGCUGGUCCAAUCCAAGACGCCAAGAGGCGUCGCAUCAGCCAGAAGAGAUCUGACAAGUCAGUUCCACCCUUCGAGUCGCGAUUGGCAGAGUGGGCCGAGAAAUGCCUAGCAUUUCAAUCCUCUGGCAAGACGUGGCUCCCCACGAAGCCCUGCUGUCCGGCCAGCCCGUUUCUCGGAUUAGCAGGCGCUCCGUGGCAAGGAUGUGUAAGAGACACAGCAACAGCAUGCGUGCAGCUCCUCGGCAAAGAGCAGUUCAGAGAGUUGCGCGACUUCUACCGCGAGAAUCCACACCAUGCUCUCUUCCAUGACUCAAACAGCGAGCGACAGCCAGAGCCUACUGCUGGAUCCAGGCCACAGGCCCACAGGAGCUCAACCGGCAAUCAGCACCGAGCAGCUGAGUGCAUGAAGAUGUGGCCCUGGAUGCGUGAUCUUCCAACGCGAGCUUGGGCCGGCAAUGGCUGGCUGCUGGUGGAGGACGGCAUGAUGAAGCUCUCACCGACCGGAGGUGGCUCCGCCAUGCAGGGCCUCGAGAUCUUCGAGUCCGUGGGCUCCGUCCCUGAGCCCGGCGAGCCGAAGCCCUUGGAGUCGACGAGACCGGAGCCGGGAGCUCAGGUCGUCACGAGGAGCUUCCGCGGCCUGGAGCGCCAGAGCGGCAUCCAGGGAAUUUGCUGGCACAGAGGGAAGGCCUGCUGGAGAGUCCAAUGGUCAGAUCCCAGCAAACCGUGUCAGCAACGUCACUUCCCCAUCUCCAAGCACAUGAAGCUCGGCCUCAGCGAGGCCGAAGCCUUGGAGGCGGCACUCCAGGAGGCCAAGGCUUUCCGCGAGGAGCUCGUGCGCCUCGGCAAGCUGAAGCCACCGAAGCCCAUCACGGAGAAGGCCUUCAGCUCCACGGUGAGGGGCAUCAAGUACAACAGGAAGAAUGGAACCUUUCGGGUGGAGAUCACAGACCCCUCCACCAAGAAGAAGGUCCAUGGAGGCAUGUUCAAGGUGAAGGAGGAGGCAGAGGCCAGGGCCCGGGACCUGGCCAAGGAGUUGGGGAAGCAAGAUGAGCUGGUGCCCGUGAAGCCGCUCUCGGAGAUCCCGCACUUCGAGCCUCUGGGGCCGGAGAAGGGAGUGAAAUGGAGAAGGUCAGUACAGGGCUGGCGGGCCCAAUGCGCCGUCAACGGCAAGAAUCUUGAGCUGGUUGUACAGCCCAAGGAUUUCUCGCCGAAGGAGGUGGAGAAGGCCUGGAAGCAGGCGGUGGCCUGGCGCAAGCAGCAAGAGAAAGCGAGGGAGCGGGCCGAGCAGUCCCAGAAGCGGAAGCAAUGA